GUCGGAUCGUCAAAAGGAGCUUCUGCUGGCUUUUGUGAAAGAGCACCGACAGAUCGCGACGCUGUCGUGCCCGCUGGAGCCGUCGUUCACGAGGGAGGACCGGGACGACAUGUGGCAGGAGCUAGUAGCGCUUUUGAACGAAGAAGUCCCUGCGCGUAACACCAGGGCCCAGUGGCAGGCCCGAUGGAGGAAUGAGCGCUACUUGCCAAACUCCGAGGGCAGCAGAGCGGCACCCGAGGCGGCCAGAUUUCGGAUUACCGCGGCCGCGUCGUGCUUGACAGGGACGAGUGUGCGAGGCCCAUGGUUCGGGUGGUCUGAAUCGGUGAGCCCUGCUCCAGCUGCUGAUGGUGUGGCUGAAGAGGAUGUGGCCCAGGAUCUUCCCCGUGCCCUAACUCCUCAUGCCGCAGCUGCGGGAUGGGGGCAACCGGCAGGCCGAGGCGCUGGAGUUACUAGCCGCAAACACCAGGCGGCAGGGCCAGGCAUCAUUGGAAAGCUGCGCCAGGUUCAACUUCUCGGUGACGUGGUCCACGAAUUGCAAGGCGUUGGUACCCUCGCCCGGGCCCUCAUUGCAGCGGAAGGCACCUGCACAGUGAUUUGUAAAGACUAGCUGUACAUAUAUGUAGAUUUAUUUUUGUUCACAUCACGAGCUAUGAUACGCUGGUUUGCUUCAAUGGUGCCCUGCAAUUUUCUUUCAGUUAAUUUUCUUUUUCUGCAUAUCAGAAGCACUGAUGUGCUGUUUCAUUGUACAUAGUAAAGUGUAGCUCAAUGGUAAAUCGUGUCUUGUGAUGUCAUUUCUUUUUAAUCUCAUCGUGUGAGGUGAUGCAUUCAGCAGUUUUGUAGUACAUGUGCAUAGCACAGUGUGGUUUCAUUUAUAAAUCAUGUUUUGCCAUGUCAUUUUUUAAAAUCUCAUUAUACAAAGUCAUGCAUUGAGCAAUUUUGUAGUAUAUGCACAUAGUGCACUGUAGUGUAUCUUUAUGUUUAUAGCGUAUACGUGUAGAAUAUUGUGGCACACUGUACGUUUUCUAUCGAUUUUUACACAUCCUAGAAAAAAAGAAAAGCGUUUGUGAAUGGUCUAGGUUGCACAACAAUUUUGAAAUAUUGCAAGACCAAAAAAUAGUUGACGAAUACGUGUUCUGUUGCUUAGAAGUGUUUAGAUAACAGGAUUGGGUACAAACAGAAAUCAAUAAUAGAGGAAGACAUAUCAGCAACCAACAACUUGCAUUUUUUAGCGAGUUCAAUUAAUACCGGUUCGACUGUGCCUUGUUUUCAUGUAAUACAAUGACUUUCGUGCUGCGAGACGCGUGUGUUGUUGCAGAGGAGCAGCAGGCACUUUGUAAUAACUCCAUUUGUAUAUUAUAAAAGGAAGCUACUUUUAUAUUCUUUUCCUUGGCAUUAAAUUUAAAGGAUAUUUAUUUAUUUUGCUUUUUAUGUGCAUUGCUCGUGAUACUUGUAAUAAAAUUUCAAUUCUGACACCACCCUUGUUGUUCACUUCAUUUACAAGCACGAUUCUUGUUGCACUAA